AUGAUGUCUGAUCCAUCCAUGAACAGUCCCGACGGGCAUGUCCACAAGCGCAAGCGCGAAGGCUCUGACGACCUCGGACACGAUCCUCAACGAAUGAAUCGUUCCUCACACGGUAGUAACGGCAGUAUGGAUAACCAGCACAAUUUCGGCCACUCCCUCAAUUAUGAGCACGGUCUGCCCAACACCGGCUCUGAACUCAACAUCGACCAGCAAAUCCUUCAACAUGUUGGCCCGCAAAAUGGCAUGUCAGAUGAUAACGCUCUGACUGCAAAUGCAAAGGCUGCUCUCGCUGCCCACACUCCCCAGCACAAGUACCCGCCCCCACCUGAUGCCGCUUUCGAUGCCAACAACUUGACCUCCGGUUUGAGCUUUGGUGAUGACAUGGGUCAGCCACCUAUGGGCCCUUCACACAACCACAACUCUACUGCUGCCGCUGUCUACGCUGCCCGCGAGGCACAGAGUAUGAACCAGAAGCCCACUGUCGGCUCUCCGGAAUGGCAUCAGAUUCGCAAAAACAAUCACAAAGAAGUCGAACGUCGACGUCGCGAGGCCAUAAAUGAAGGCAUUAACCAGAUCGCUCGCCUUGUUCCCAACUGCGACAAAAACAAGGGCGCCAUACUACAACGCGCCAUCGAAUAUAUCUGCCAGCUUCAGGAAGAGCGAAAGACGAUUGACGAACGUUUCGAGCAACACAGUCUCACCACAAACCAUGCCAUUGCCGAGAUCAGUACAUCCAACUCGAAGUUGAAGGCCGAGGUCAGUCGACGCAACAAUGUUGCCCUCAAGUGGCUCCAGCGUUGCCGUGACGCCGGCCUAGAGUUUGACGACUACGAGGAAGCCAAGGACUUGGAGACUCUGGACAUGGAAUAA